CCGAGCUGGUCUCCAGGAGCCCGGGCGCCGCGCCAGCAGUUUCCAUGGGGACUGAGUGGCGAUGGCACCGCGAGGUGAGCUGCCCGAGGCCGUCGGCUGUCGUCCAUCUCCCUGGAGAUCCUGCUCUUUCUCAAUGGCUGGUACAGCGCCACCUACUUCCUGCUGGAGCUCUUCAUGUUCAUGUACAAAGGUCUCCUGUUACCGUACCCAACAGCCAACCUAGUCCUUGACCUGGUCAUGCUCUUCCUUUACCUUGGCAUUGAAAUCAUCCGCCUCUUCUUUGCUACAAAAGGGAACCUCUGCCAGAGGAUGAUGCCUCUUGGGAUCAGCUUGGCCAUGACCUUUCCAUCAGCCAUGAUGGCUUCCUAUUACCUCCUGCUGCAGACCUACGUUCUCCGACUUGAAGCUGUGAUGAGCACCAUCCUGCUCGUCUUCUGUGGCUUAGAGCUGGUGCUUGAGGUGAUCACACUCACCACCUUCAACAGCAUGGAUUCGUAUUGAAGUGACCCAUUGAGCCCUGGUGACUUGGCCACUUGGUGCCCCAGAGGCACAUGCUCUUGGGGAGGCCGGCCCUUUGAUUCAGUCCUGGCAGCAUCUUCUAGACCAGCCUCCAGAAUGUGUUCUCCAUCUCCUUCAGGAUAGCAGCACACAGCCCUCUCCUAGGCCCUUGCGCAUGGUCCUUACUCGGUACUCCCGUUCGUCACAGCCAGAGCACUGGGUUUGGAUUGUCUAGGCCUCCUGGGCUCCCAGCUUGAGCUAGGCCCCUCGUCUGUCCUUUGUGUGUGUGUAUGUGUGUGCUGUCUGUGCCCCUAGAAGCACCAUGGACCUGCAUUUCACAAGGGUGUUUUUCCUUCUCUGACCCCAAACCAAGACCUCAUCCCAUUCAUUCCUUGAAGGGGGUGAGCUUCAGAAGGGACCAGGCACCAACACUCAGUAGCUUGGGGUGUUAUUUUCUUAUACUAUGUCUUGGAACAAACACUAUUUAUUUACAAUAAAUAUUUAU